AUGUAGUUGGUUGACUAGUUGGGCUUAAAGAAGUUUAAUCACUGAUCAAAUAACCACAAACACAAUCUUCCCCAUUUUCAAUCGACCAAAGCCAAGAUCUGAAGUCCUUUCUCUGAUUUCUAUCUCUUCCCACCUACGAUGACCACUCCAUAUCCAACACCCAUAACCCCCUCCCAAACCAGCAUAGGCUGGAUAGGCAUAGGUGUGAUGGGCUCAGCCAUGGCCUCUCGCCUUCUCUCCGCCGGCUAUACCCUCACCGUCUACGCCCGCACCACUUCCAAAACUCUCUCUCUCCAAUCCCAAGGCGCCCAUAUUGCCAAUUCCCCCGCCGAGCUCGCCAAGCUAAGCGACGUUGUUUUUACAAUGCUAGGUCACCCAUCAGAUGUUCGACAAAUUGUCUUAGAUAACCCCGCUGGCGUUCUUUCUGGCCUAAACGCUGGUGGCGUUGUUGUAGAUACCACUAGUAGUCAUCCAAAACUUGCUAAAAGAAUUUUUGAGGUCGCCCGCGAGAAGAAUUGUUGGGCUGUCGAUGCUCCGGUGUCUGGUGGUGACAUUGGGGCAAAAGAAGGCAAGUUAGCUAUUUUGGCUGGUGGAAAUGCGGAUGUAGUGAAGUGGCUGGAACCUUUGUUUGAUGUAAUGGGGAGGGUGACCUAUGUGGGUGGUGCUGGGUGUGGGCAGAGUUGCAAAAUUGCGAACCAGAUUACCGUGGGUGCGAAUUUGGUUGGGUUGAGUGAAGGAUUGGUGUUUGCGGAGAAGGCGGGGUUGGAUGUGAGAAAGUGGAUGGAGGCAGUGAGGGGCGGGGCAGCAGGGUCGAUGGUGAUGGAGUUGUUUGGCGAAAGAAUGAUUGGGAGGGACUUUAGGCCUGGUGGGUUUACUGAGUACAUGGUGAAAGAUUUGGGGAUGGGUGUGGAUGCUGGGGAAGAGGAGGGUGACAAUGUAGUCGUGUUGCCUGGUGCUGCGUUGUCUAAGCAGUUGUUUUCAGGGAUGGUGGCUAAUGGGGAUGGAAAGCUUGGUAGUCAAGGACUCAUCACUGUUAUUGAAAGGAUCAAUGGCAAGUGAGAUACUUUCUCAUUCUCUUUGUAUACUAUGGUCCUUGCCUUUGUCUUCUGAGCUGUUUCGUUUCUUCUAAAUGAUAAGUUCAAAGUAUGUAAUGAAUAAUGUGACUCUGAAUCAUCCUUACAUUUAUAUGGAAGAUCAGGUCAGUAAGCUAGUUACUUGGUCCUUUUUACAGUUUGGUCUAUUAAUUAGGCUAACCAAGACAUUGAACUACAUAAUAAAAUGACGUACCUAGUGUCCGAGACUCUU